AUGCAGAUCUCCACCGUUCUCACUGCCUCCGCUCUCGCUCUUGCGGCAUCCCCCUCCUUCGCGGAGAAGGAGUUCUGUGGUGAGAAGAACUUGACGCAGACGGACGACUACAUCCUCUACAACAACCUGUGGGGCGCCUGGGACGACCCCAAGGGCUGGCAGUGCACGGGUCUCGACAGCGUCGACGGCUCCACGAUCUCCUGGCACACGCGCUUCAGCUGGAACGGAACUGCGUGGCAGGUCAAGUCGUUCGCGAACGCUGCGCUCCAGUUCGACCACGUGCCCAUCGCCGACGUCACGUCGAUCCCCUCCACCAUCGAGUACGACUUCCAGUACGAGGGCAAGACUGUCGCCAACGUUGCGUACGAUCUGUUCACCACCUCCAAGAUCGGUGGGGACGCCGAGUAUGAGGUGAUGGUGUGGCUCGAGGCGAUCGGUGGGGCGGGCCCCCUCUCGAACACCGGAUCUGCUAUCAAGCACGUGACCGUGGGCGGCGUCGACUUCAGUCUGUACCACGGCAAGAACGGCAACAUGACCGUCUACUCUUACGUAGCGGCCAACGCUAUGAACAGCUUCUCCGCGGACUUUAAGCAGUUCUUCGACGAGCUCCCCGCAAACAAUACCAUCGCCCCGACUCAGUACCUGAUCAACGUCCAGGCUGGCACGGAGCCCUUUGUCGGCAAUGGUACCCUGACGGUGUCCAAGUACUCGGCUGCAGUCCACACGGCCGGCGCCAACUGA